UGCUAUCUAAGGCUUUAUCGCACCUGUUCAUGUAUUGUAUUAAUUGUUUAGUGCUCCAUAUAAAGAAGGCCUCUGGCCUUUACAAAAUGCACAAAUGGCUGUGGCGGCUUUUAUAAACAUCCCCUCUCUUUGAAAAAAGAUUUGAUUAUAUGAAAUAUAUGGUAACCAUGCUAAUUUCUGCUGAUUGAUUACCACUUGUAUUACUAUAGUUUUUCAACAUAUAUCACAGUUCGUAUGGUUCCUAUAGUAAGACAAUGGUAAAUUUGUGUUUACGCCUAACUAUGGUAAAAUUAUGGGUACUCUUCGUAAGGGCUGACCUAAGCAUAAAUAAUCGUACAUUUAAGUUUAUUACUGUUUCAUUAAAUACAUAUUAGUAUAUUAAUUAUGAUAAUAUUUAGUGUAUUUUAAACGAAUUAGAACUUUAAAGCUCUACACUGAACCACAAAAGGGACGAAGCGCGCCCACGGUAAAGAAAGCCUGGCGGGUGCGCGCGCUUUAGAGGUGCAUGGCAACGAGGAAGUUUCUGAGGAGCCUAGAGACUGAGCGCGCCGAGCCAGUAAAUUAACACACAAAGGCGAAUUGCCGUGAGAACUUUUGCCCCGUAAACAUUCACAUGAUGUUUGAAUCCCCGCGUAAAUCGACAAACGUGCUCCACGCGUGGUCAGAGAGCCAAGAAGAGUUGCACGAGACGCAACCGGUGUCUCCACCCGGGACGGAAAAAUGCGUCAAGGUGAAGAAGAAGAAAAGAAAACAACAGCGAGGCGAAAUACGAUCCGUCUCGGCCUCUCAUUUACCCACCGACGAUGGCCUUUGCGCGGACGGGGACCGUGCGCAAAAAGAGACGAAAUAUAAGGCGGAUGAACCGAUUGUGCGAGGAAUCUUCCAGAUCGGGAAGAAAAGCCACGACGUGGUUCUCACAGCAAAGAGGGUAACGUGGACCCCCAUUGAACCCGAGACCCCUACAGCUGAACGUGAUGUAAUGAAGCAGGAGGAAUACGUCGAGCUCCAGGACGUGUUUGCUGUGAAGGUAAAACGGCGACGGUCGGCGGGGCAGCAGACAGGCGGUACUCUGCUGGGCAUCACACUUUUCCACUGCAAGAAAAAAGGGCUCAAACUAAAGGAUCACACCAUCCAUCUCAACAACCUGAGCGUGGACCACUGUGAGAUCUGGUUCAAAACUCUCAAAGAGAUCCUUAACGGUUUCAGGCAACGUCCCAAGUCUCUCAAAGUCUUUGUGAACCCGACCAGCCACAAGAAAGAGGCGUACAAAAUCUACCUGGACGAGGUGGUGCCGCUCUUCAAACUCGCUGAUAUUCAAGCGGAUGUCACCAUCACUGAAAGAAAAGGCCACGCUCUCUCCGUCCUGAAAGACUGCUGCUUGGACGACUAUGAUGGAGUGGUGUGUGUCGGGGGAGAUGGCUCAGUGGCUGAGGUGGCCCACGGGUUGCUUCUCCGGGCCCAGAUGGACGCUGGGAGGGACACAGACUCCAUCUUCACGCCUGUCCAAGCAGCACUUCCUCUCGGCAUAAUACCAGCAGGUUCUACUGAUGUGGUGGCCUGCUCAGUAUAUGGAAAAAUACACUCUGUGACAGCAGCAUUGCACAUUAUCAUGGGACACCGUCAGCCUGUGGACGUGUGCAGUUUCAGCUCUAUGGGUCGACUGGUGAGGUUCGGUUUCUCUGCCAUGUUUGGUUUCGGUGGGCGGACGCUUGCACUGGCAGAGAGACACCGCUGGAUGCCACCCAGCCAGCGUCGCGAGUUCGCUCUCAUUAAAACACUGGCAAACCUCAAACCUGAAGACUGUGAACUGUCCUUCAUCACCAGCGGCAGGACCGAGGAUCAGAGGCUGGCUAAAGAACAUGUUUUAAGAGAUGAGCGAAACAGAGAUGAAGACAGCAUUUUUGAGGAUGGCUCUUGGCAGACCAGACAGGGUCUCUAUUUAAAUAUCAGCAUCAUGGCUAUUCCCUGCCUGUGCUCCAUGGCCCCCCGAGGCCUGGCUCCAAACACCAGGCUGAAUAAUGGCAGCAUGGCGCUGAUAACUGUCGGCGAUACCUCCAGGUCAGAGUUCAUCAAGCACUUGAAAAGAUACGGCAGCACAAGCAAUCAGUUUAGUUUCUCCUUCAUCGAGACCCACACUGUGAAAGCCGUGAGGUUGCGGCCGCGCUCUCAGGGAAGCUGGCCCGAGGACAUCACAGAGGAACACGAGGAAUGUGAUUCUAAAACAACACCCAUCAUCUCCUCAGAGGGAACGUAUCCUUGGAACAUUGACGGAGAUCUCUUAGAGGUCCCAUCUGAGAUACUUAUCAGGGUUCACCCGCAUCUCCUCACACUCUUUGGAGGAGACAUAGAGGAGGCUGAGGAGGCACCGGUUAAAUGCAGCUGUAUCUGAGCACACACAUCUCCGUACAUGCACACAACAAUAAACAAGAGAUUAUGCUGUGGUAG